CAACUAUAAGAAAAAUUGGAGGAGGGAAAACAAACGUAGCUUAAUUGUUUUAUGACACUCUUUUCUUGCAUCUCUAUAAUACCUGAUAAGUUUUCUCUCGUUCUUUUAUCUGCUCUGCUCACGGCUCAUGACCAUUAUAGAACGAGCUAAAAGCCAGAAAACCAGCUUUUCCGAAGUUGUCUUUAAGAGACUGAACGAGUGAAUGAAAAACUUCUUUCAGCUAUAGACGUCUUUUUUUUUAGAACUUUGGCCAAUUGUGGAUUGCCAAUAACAGUUAAGAUGAGGAAUGUUUCUAUGAUGACGAGUGCUGUAAAACGAGAAGUGUUUCAUCUAAUUCACUGUGCUGCCUUAACUGGAACAAUUAUUUUGGUGAUAAGUCUGGGUGGUGGACUGGGAGAAAAUAAUUCAAUCGCCUUUGAAACAGAAGAAUCUUUGAGCUCAUGGGAACAGUAUGGAUUUUUUCUAGCUGCAGUUCUCUAUGUUACUAGGUUCUUGACACUGUUGUGCCUACCCUUGGCUUUAUUCAACUUUUUGGGUCUUGUGCUUUUUAAUGCAUUUCCUGAUCAACCAAAAACAAAGAUUUUCUCAAGGCGCGACCACGUCAGUGUUCCUUUUGUUUGCUUUCGUGUGGUUACUAAAGGAGAUUUCCCCCAAUUGGUACGCAAUAAUAUUUUGAAGAACCGAAACAUUUGUGAGGAAACUGGUCUUGAGCACUUUACAUUUGAAGUUGUGACAGACAAAUCAAUAUCCUUGGUCACUAGCAAAAAAGUACGUGAACUAGUUGUUCCGGAAGAUUAUGCCACCAAAUCUGGAGCUUUGUAUAAAUCAAGGGCACUUCAAUAUUGUCUGGAAAAAGAGGUCAACAAUUUGAAUAAUGAAGAUUGGAUCGUACAUCUUGACGAAGAGACCCUACUUACGAGCGGUUGUAUCAAAGGGAUUGUAAAUUUCAUUUGCGAGGGGAAACAUCAUUUUGGUCAAGGCGUGAUAACAUACAAUAAUGACGAGGUCGUCAACUUGAUGUUAACUUUGUGUGAUUCAAUUCGUGUCGCCGAUGAUAUGGGAAAAUUGCAAUUUCAAUUAAAGGUGAUGCACAUGCCAAUUAUGGGAUGGAAAGGAUCGUAUGUCAUAUCGAAUGUGGGAGCUGAGAGAGAUGUAAGCUUCGAUCAUGGACCAAGAGGCUCGGUGGCAGAGGACGCUUACUUCGGACUCAUGGCAGCCAGCAAGGGCUACUCGUUUGGUUUCAUCGAAGGUGACAUGUGGGAGAAAUCGCCUUUCACUAUUAAGGAUUUCCUGCGACAAAGAAAACGAUGGCUACAAGGACUUUUACUUGUUGUUCACUCGUCAGAAAUUCCUUUAAGGUUUCGAAUUCUUCUUGGUUGCUGCGUAUAUGCAACAGCGACGGCACCGUUGUCCACUUUAAAUGUGUUUCUUCAACCAUUGUUCCCAAUUCAGAUUAGUCGUUUUGUAGAUCUCUGCGGAUGCUUCGUUGGAGGCGUUAUCAUCUACAUGAACCUAUACGGAACGUUCAGAUCCUACACCUACAGUGCCAAGCACGUUGGGAUAGGCAAACUCCUACUUCUAUUCAUCCUAGGAUUUGUCUUGCAACCAUUUAAAUACAUUUUGGAAAUUAUUGCUAUUUUGUGGGGCUUAAUGACACCCAAAAACGGGUUUGCAAUAGUUGAUAAAAAUGUAGAGCAGAACGAAAUGGAAAACACGGUUUCCGUUGUUCCUUGCUGAAAUCACUCAAGUAAUCAAAAUCUAUUUAUACGCUUAAACUGCCUUGUCCACCCCAUUGUUUCUGAAUGCCUAGCUGUUAAUGCUAGCGCAAAGUCUGGCAAUAUGGAAAUUAUAUAAUAUUUUUUUAUGUAAUUUAAUAUGCCUUCUCUGCCACAAGUGUAGUUUCAUUAAAGUAUGUUUUUUGAUGAAAA